AUUGCGGCGGCGGGGGUGGCGUCGCGGCGCGGCGCGGAUGACCUGAUCUUUGGGGGCCAGGUCAAGGUCAACGGCAAGGUGGUGACCGAGCCGGGCACGCAGGUGGACCUGCGCAAGGACAGGGUGGCUGUGUCUGGGCGCGAGAUCAGCGCCGCCGCCGUGCAGCGCAAGUACUACUUUGCGCUGAACAAGCCCAAGGGCUACAUCUGCAGCAACAAGUCGGAGCACGAGGACGGCGGGGAGGGGCGCCUCGUCAUCUCCCUGUUCGACGACUGGCUGGCGCGCUGGAGGCAGCGCCAGGCCCGCCCCGGCGGCGGCGGCGGCGGCCUGCCUCCGCGCCUCUUCACAGUGGGCCGCCUGGAUGUCGCCUCCAUCGGCCUCAUCUUUGUCACCAACGACGGCGACUGGGCGCACAAGGUCAUGCACCCCAGCACCGGCAUCACCAAGGAGUACUCUGUCACACUGGACUGCAAGCCGCGGCAGGAGGAGCUGCAGGCGAUGGCGGCGGGGUGCGACAUGGGCGGCGCCUUUGUGCAGCCGCUGGCCAUC